AUGAAGCACGAAGACUACAAGGUCGGAUGGAUCUGCACCCUGCCUACAGAGCUUGCGGCUGCCGCCUGCAUGUUGGAUGAACGCCAUGAUGUUUUGCCUCAACCAGCCACCGAUGAUAAUAACUACACUCUGGGUCGGAUUGGGCCUCAUAAUGUGACGAUUGCGGGACUUCCGGCAGGUGUGACAGGUGUCACCUCAGCGGCUCGUGUAGCCAAACAGAUGCGAACUACAUUUCCCUCUAUAAAGUUUGGCUUGAUGGUCGGAAUUGGAGGUGGAGUGCCGAGUUACGAUCACGAUAUUCGACUCGGGGAUGUGGUAGUAAGCAAACCAGGUGACACCUCAGGAGGCGUCAUACAGUUCGACUUUGGCAAGACAGUGAAAGAGGGUCGCUUUGUGCGGAGCGGCUCUCUGAAUCGUCCUCCGGAUGUUUUGUUAAACGCCGUCACCAGUCUGCAGGCACGACACAUGUACGAAACAUCCCGGAUCCCGAGAAUCUUGUCCGACAGUACGGCUCGAUUUCCUCUUCGCAAACAAGCAUGCUCCUAUCCCGGCGCGAGCUCUGACAAGCUCUAUCACUGGGAAUAUAACCACCUUCAGCGCCAAGCGACAUGCGCUCAGUAUACCCACAAGAAUAAACAGUGGCAAGACUAUGCCGCGGCAACGGCUGCAGCUUACGCCAAGGAGCUCCUCGGAAUCACUCAUAUUCACGGCAAUGUUAGUAAUGAGGGCGCGGAGAAGAAUAUCUACAGAGGUAUCCAAUUACUAAAUCCUAACAUCGCCUCUGACCGCGAAACAUUGUACCGACAUUUUCUCUCUUCACUUUCCACAGAUCCUAUCCCUCGCGAGGACCACUGCGCUCAGCAAGCAUACCAGGUCAGCGAGCAUAUUCUCUGGAAGUCUCACCAAGUCGGUCCUUGGGAACUGUGGCUACGUAAAUACCUGGAGGACGGAAACCCCUUAAAUAUCCGAGAUUUUAGGGGCAAAACACCUCUUCAUCAUGCGGUGGUGACGAAAUACGAGAGAAUUGAUAAGGUGAGGGCGUUAGUAGAGGCGGGGGCAGAUUUGGCCAUGAAAGAUUUCAUGGGGCAGACACCCGUUGAUCUUGCGAGGGACACGGAUGAGCAGAUCUUCCUACUUCUUUUAAAGGCCUGGCAGAAAUUGGCUGUGGCGGAAAAGCAGAAUCAGGAUAGGAAAUAG